CCUGUUAUCACUGUUAUCAUUUUUUAGAAAAAACAUAAAUUUUACCAUUUUUUUCGGCAUUUGUGCUUGGUAAUGUACCUCGUGUAUUAUUAAAUUAAUUAUAUUAAAGACGUUGGAAAUAUAUACUCUUGUGAAGACUCUUUUGCUGGAUCUAUCCAUCUCAGAUCAGUCGUUUCUGAUAACUAUCAUUUUCCUGUAGAAAAGUUUUUCAUUCAGACACCGAUAGAAAACACAUAAAAUCAAAUAAGGUCAUAGCUAAGCCGUCUCAGAAUUGAACAAAAAUAUCUCAUGUUCAAUCGUAGGUUCGAUUUUCUUAGCUGAACAUUAUGGAUAUUCGAAAAUACCUUUGCGAUUGGGAAUUCAGUGAUGAUUUCAUUCAACGAAUUGAUACUUUCGCCGUUUGGAGGAACAAUGUUGCUGAUCUGGGAAACGCUCUGUUUGUCAUGAAGAAUCGUGAUAUAUAUGCGGCGGGGGAUAUUAUCGAGCGUUGCCGAAAUGAUUCUACGUUAGCGGACUCUGGCACGAAGACAAAUGUUCAUGAACCGAUGCUGCUUUGUUUAUUGAAUGGCAAAAAAAUUAAAAAAUUUGUAUUUGGUAUCAGUCAAGUUUUCAUUUGUACCGAGGAAGGCGAAGUUUUCGGGUAUGGAUAUCGUCGCAAUUACAACGCAGCUCCUUCCCAAUACGUUUUACCUCAGAAAGUAUCCGAACUUCAAGGAUUGCGAGUAAUUGACAUGGCAAUGGGACCACGAGGACAAUGCUUAGCUUUAUGUGAUAAUGGAAAGAUUCGAGUAUUUGAAUUUGGCCUUCUGAAAGGAUAUCUGAUCAAUACUUCAUCGGUAGCAGAUGCGAAACCAUUAAAUAUACUUCAUGUGGCUGAGGACAGUUAUGUUUCAUUGUUGGAGAAUGGAAAAGUAAUGAGAGUAGAAGUCAAUAUCAAUGAUCCUCUCGUUUGCGAAGUAAUGAGUUUUGAAACUGCGGAUCAUGGUAAAAUUAAAAAAGUGAUUACCGGACCAUAUGCUCUGGAUGAAUAUGGUCAUUUAUUUGUGAUUAGCCGCUCUAUGACGGACGAGAAGUUAAGACUUUAUAAAUCCGACCACAAUUCAACGUUUGGCGAAAAGAUUAUUGAUAUUGCUGCGAGUCGGUUUUGUUCUCUAAGGGCUGCGUUGACUGAAAGUGGCAAGGUGUAUAUGUGGGGCAAAGGCCGAGGUGCUUCCAUUUUGAAACCCAUGCUUACACCGUUCAGAUCCCUUCAUGAAGUUUUUUUGCAUUAUUCAAUGCCGUUGGUAACUUAUGAAAUGGUGAAUGUUCGCGAAUUUUCUCCUCUUGAACCAAUGAACAACUUCAAUAUAGCUGGACCUCAAACUAAACAGGAUAAAUACACGAUGACAGAAGCGCAGAAUUUAUUCAUUGAUACGUUCAAAGAAGCAUUCGAUGAUCCGAAAUUCUGUGAUUUAUUUAUCGUCGUCGAAGGUAAAACGAUCCCAGUUCAUAGAUCGGUGUUAUCCCUAAGAUGUGGACAUUUUGCGGAAGUGUUUCAGAAACAGUGGCCGGAUGAGAAACCGUGUGUUCUAGAAAUUGACGACGGCGAUUUUAAAGUCUACAAAGCGUUCCUCAAAUACCUAUAUACCGAUCAACUCGACACUACAUUAUCCUUCAACGAGAUGAUAGAAUUACUCAACUUGGCAAACAAAUAUAAUUCAAAAUCGCUGGCCGAACGUUGCGCAUAUUUGGUGCAGUCCAAUAUUACCGCUAAAAAUCUAGUAUCGUUAUACGAACGUGUAGCUGUGAUGAGUAAAACAACAACGAUGAAAAACAUCUUCGAUCAAUUGAAAGACUCCUGCGUAAAGUUUACCGCUGAUAAUGAAACCGAUGUUGUGAUCUCAGACGAAUUUGCCAAGUUGGAUUCAAAUAUGGCGAAAGAAUUAAUCGUGGAAGUGUGCAAGAAACGUAUUUUUAAGAAUUAAAGUUAGUUCAAUUAUUAAAGACUGCGUAACUUAGGUUUAUUUCCUAACCUACAUUCGCCUAUUUUCUGUGAUUUGAAUACUUAUUAUUUUAUUGUGAUGCUCAAUUUUUUUAA